AUUUAGUUAUUUAAAAAUAAAUUAAAAAAUUAGAUUAAUUUAAAAAGAAAUUAAAAAAUUAUAAUUCAAUUUAAAAAUAACAAAUUUAGUUAUUCAAAAUAAAUUAAAAUAUUAGGUAAAUAAUUUAAAAAAAUUAAAAUUUAAUUUAAUAUUAACAAAUUUAGUUAUUCAACAAGAAGAUAGCGUAGUAACCACAACCGCAACAAGAAGACAAUAGGGAGGACGAGGUAGCUGAUUUAGGAGACUAGAUUUAUUUUAUUCUUAACUAUUGUUAAAUUAUAUGAACAAUAUGAAUAUUUGUUAUCUUAAUGUAUUAUGAAUAUGAAUAAUUGUUAUUUUAAUAAACUAAUUUGAAUAUUUAAUGUAAUAUUUUUAUUUUUAAUAUAUUUGUUUUCAAUUAUUUAAAUUUUAAAUAAUAAUUUAGAUUAAUAAUUAAUUAAAAUUUUAUUUAAAUAUUUUUUAUAAAUAAAAUAGUAUAAGGGACGACACUGUCGCCCCUAAUAAUCAAGUAUCAGGGGCGACACAUCGACUUAUAAAGAUGCCACGUGUAAACAUUUGGGGCGAUAUCUCAUGGUAUUAGGGGCGACAUGUCGCCUCUAAUAAUCAAGUAUUAGGGGCAACUAUUGGCGUAUCAGGGGCGACAUAUCGACAAAAGUGAUGGAAAAUGUUCAAAUUUUUGGGGAGACAUUCCAACUUUUAAGGGUGACGAUAUUUGAAUAUUAGGGGCGAUCCAUUGAGUCGUCCCUAAUGCACCCUAUUAGGCGCAUUUUAUCAGAGGCGACACAUUAGAGUUAUUAGGGGCGACAUGCGUUGCCCCUAAAACCCAUUUUUGUUGUAGUGUGUAUUAUAAAAUACAUCACCAAAAUAUAUUUUUUUAUAAUUUACCUCAAAUUUUUACAUUAUAUCAUAUAUUUUCUCUACAUCAUUUAAAUAUUAUAUUUUUUAAAAAAUAUUUUAUUCAUUUUAAGAAAUCAAAAUUUAAAAUAUAAUAGUAUCACACUUAUGUAUACAAAAAUUUAUAAAAUAAUUAGAAAAUAUUUAUAGCUUGAUGAAUAGUAUUUCACUACUUAUAGAGAAAUACUAUUUAUUUAAGUAAAAAAAUAUAACUUUACAUCACCCAUUGGAAGACUAUUUAACAAUUUUUUUACUAUAUUAUAAAGAAUUAGACAUUUUCCCUCUCCAUUAGGAGUGCACUUACAUCUGUAAUAUAGACCUGUAAUAUAGACCUGCUUAUAAUAAUUCUAAUGUGACAAUUAGAGGGUCACGUCAAGCUUUUCUGGCCGUGGAAGAGGUCUUUCUCUUGCUUAUGGAGUCUCCACCAAGUGUUUGGUAAAUUUUUUGUUUUUGAAUUUUUUAAAUAUAAUUUUAUUUUUAAAAAAUAAAAAAUAAUAAACGUGUUUGAUAAUUUUUGUUUUUAUUUUUUGUUUAAUAAUAUGAGGUAUUGAUUUGAAGAAAAGAAGAAGAAAAAUAAAGGAAAAGUUAAAAACGGCAUAAAAUUUUUUUGAAAGUAAAAAAAUUCUAUUUUCAAAAUUUAAUGAAUUUUAAUUAAAAUUUUAAAAAAUAAUAAAUAAAAUUAGAGUUAUCAAACAUAUUUUAUAUUUAAUUGUCAAAAUUUUAAUUAAUUAAAUAAAAAAUAAUUUUUUUAAGUGUUAACAAACAACACCUAAGAUCUACAAAUUCUGUUAUGAUGAGAAGCCUGGAUGCCACUGCAGUUUAUAUAUACAGCUUUGCGUAUUCCCAUAUGGCUUCUUCCACUGACGAAUAAUAAGUAUCAUAACAUAGCAAAGGAUCUUAGUGUGAUCCAUCCAGAAACGGAUUACAUUCCCACUUUUGCCCAAAAGUUCUUUCACUGCUUUCAUGGUGACGGGCCGCAGAAACCGAUCAAUCCUCAGUGAAGUGGUUGGAGAUUUUGGUGAUGGUGAGACAACGCCUUCCUUGUUUGAUAUUCAAUAUUUUUUAUCAUGUGUAAUUUGUAUAAUUAUUUUCAAGUCUUAAAAAAACUUAUUAAAUUUUUCAUUGUGUAUAAAACAAUGUUUUAAAAAGCGGUUUUGAGGCGCGCCUCAAGUGUGAGGCGGAAAAAAAACGAACUGAGGCGUGCGCCUCGCUUGGCAAAGGUGAGGCGUAUGCCUCACUACAGUGAGGCGCUGAGUUGAGGCGGGUGAGGUGGAAUUUGACUGAGUCCAUAAAGAGCGCCUCAGGGGUAAUGAGUUGUUUUAUGCCCAAAAAGACCCUAAAUAAAAAUCUUGUAUAAAUAGGCCCAAAAAAAACUUAUUAAAACUUAUUUUAAACUUAUGAUUUGUCAAGCAAUGAUGAAUUGGAAUAUGAUUUCUAAAUCAUCGUCCCAUUACUACUAAAGUUUGUUCUAGGAUAGCAGAAUCUAGGAUUCUAGUUCUAGAAACAAAAGUUAACUUUAUUUUAAAUAUUUAGAUAAUUUAUGAGAUAUUUAUGUUUAGUUUUAUGAUACAUUUUAUGGUAUGUUUGAGUUUGAUGACAUUUUUUUAUUCUAUGUUUGAGUUUUACAAGACAUCUUACUUUAUAUCUUUAAAUGUCAUAAAAAUAUUUUUUUAAUUAAAUAUUUGAGGCGUACGCCUCGCCUCACAAAAACAAAACGCUUUGAGGCGUAAAAGCGGUAUUUUAAACAUUAGUAUAAAAUUCAAUUUUCGUAUUUCUAUUUGGAGUAUAUUUUAUAUCUUUAUUCUAAAUGUUUGUAUUUAAAAAAAUUUAUUCAAAUUCUUAGACGAUAUUAUUUUAAAUUUUAAAUUUAAGAUAUUUGAGUUAAUAUCCAAAACAUAUAUAUUUAUUAUUUAUGCAUGGAUAUUUCACUCUGAUUUUAAAUUGUGUUUGAAUUAUUAUUUGAUUUCUAUAUGCUAAAAUUAAAAUUAUUUUAAAUAUAUAUAUUUUUAAAAAAAAAAUCAAUUUUAUUCAAAUUCUGAAAAGAUAUAUCUCUUUAUUUUAAAAUUUUAGUUAUUUGAAUUUAUAUCCAACUUAUGUAUAUAUAUAUUUAUAGAUCUUAUUAUAUUUUCACGUACAUUGAAAAGAAAUACAUUUUGUAAAGGAAAGAAUUUGGAUUUUUCUCCAACUACUCGUAUCCCAAAAAAACCUCAGUUGUCCGUCAGCGAAAAAGAAGUUUAGUUUACAUCAAUGGCUGUGGCCGAAGAAAAAACCGGACAAAUAUGAAAAACAAUAAUGGCAGUAGCUGAAGAAAGAAGCCAACAAAUAAGAAAAAAAUGGCGGUGGCUGAAGAAAAAAUCUCACUACUACCUGACGAACUCAUCCAAGAGAGUCUAUCGUUUCUCCCCACUGUGGAUGUUGUUCGAACAUGCCUUCUUUUGAAGUGUUGGAGACACAUGUGGUAUUCAGUCCCCACACUCUCUUUCUCCGAUGAAAUGACUAGUUUUGAAAGGUUUUCCCGUUUUGUAGAUAGUUAUAUAGAGCACCGCAAUAAAAUCAAGGAAUUGCAUAUUUGCUUGAGUUCAGAGGAAGAUGAAGAUGAUGGCUUCUUACUCCAUUAUUAUGCUUUACCCAAAGCACUAGUUAAUGCAACACAUUUCACUACUUUGGAGUUGGAGGGGGUAGAGUUGGAUACUUCUGCUUCUAGAAUUACUUUUCCGUCCUUGAAAUCAUUGAUUUUGAGAAAUGUUCAGCUGACAGAUAAUACCAACAAUGAUGUGAUAAGUAAUUUUGUGUUGGGUUGCCCUCUUCAGAAAUUGAUCUUAAUUAGUUGUUUCAACUUAAAAUACAAUGAUCUCUGCUUAGUAAGUUCAACCAUAAAGUUCUUGCAACUUAAAGAUAUUGCAGAUCAAGUCCAACUUCUUCAGAUCGAAGCUAAAAAUCUUGAGUUUUUAGAAUUAGUUGAUGUUCAUUUUGACAAAGUAAAUUUUUCUGGUUGUAAGAAAAUUUUAAAUUUAUCAUUUAGUUAUGUUUGCGAUUCAUCAUCAGACCUUCUCGUAACAGAACUUCCUCUUCUUGAGAAUUUGACUUUCAACAUAUGUAGUACGUUGAAAGACAUUAAAAUUUCGAGUCAGAAGAAUAAGGAGACCAGGGAUGAGAAUGGAAUGGUCAUUAAAAUUGACUUUUCGUCACAUUUACCAUCGUUUUGUUAUGAAGCUAGUAUCAAUCUCAGAAUAUCAAUAGAGCCUGAUAUGUUGACUAAAAGAUUUAUAGUUCUUAAUCGUCAUGAGAACUAUGACCCCAAAUUGACUUAUUAAAAUGUUGAAGUUUCUUUUGAAUCAUUCUUCACGGAAGACUAUAAGCCUGCACGUUCACUCAAUUCAAAUAAGGUGUGUUCACUACUUUAUCUGAUUUUAUUUUAUACUAAUAUAUGUUUACAUGUGUUUUUCUCAUCUUAUACAUAAAAGUUGUAGAAGAAGAAUCAUAAUCAAAACUGAAAGAUUCUUUCAUGGGGAUUUCACCAAGAUUAUCAACUAAUGGAAAUAAUAUAUUUUAGUUUAUUUAUGCCAUUUAGUUUAGACACCCACUUUGUCCUUCCCCACUCUCCUCCAACUCUCUAUACAAGUUCAGGUGACUAAUAAGUGAGUUUUUCUUUCUUGCUUUGAGAGCUCUGUAAGAAAAAAUGAAUUAGGUUAAGGAUUAGAAUUAGAGUUCAAAUUUCCUUAUGGCCAAUUGCUUUUUCUGAUAUUAGUUUUGGGUUUUUUUGGUUUGAGUGGGAAUUAGGGAAAGGAUAGUUAGAUUACAGAAUAUUCUAGAAAGAUUAAGGAACAAGUUACCCAUGUUAAAGGACUCAAACUUGGAUAGAUUUUGCUUACUUUUGGCUACUACACUAUAUAUACUCACAACAGCAGAAACAAUGGUCAACCCACUCAUGCUCCACCUCACUUCAAAUAUAUGUUAUGAUUAUUUAGGUGUUGGAGCCAAUCCAGAUCACAACCCCAAUACUCCUGCUUCAGUAUAUGGUUUUAUUAUAUGCAUAAAAGUUAAUAGUUUAGCCUCAUGUUUUUUGUUUUUUGUAGCAUUGGAAUGCCAAAUCAUUGUUUAACUAAAAAAACAAUGUAUACAUUAUUUUGAUUCUGAUUAUAAACAUGUCAUUAAUAGCCAA